UCUUUUUUUUUUUUUUUUUGAGACAGUUGUGCUCUGUCACCCAGGCUGGAGGCCGGAGUGCAGUGGCGUGAUCCCAGCUCACUACAACCUCUGCCUCCUGGGUUCAAGCGAUUCUCCCACCUUAGCUUCCCGAGUAGCUGGGAUUACAGGCAUGCACCACCACACCUGGCUAGUUUUUGUAUUUUUAGUAGAGACAAGGUUUCAUCAUGUUGACCAGGCUGGUCUCGAACUCCUGACCCCAAGUCAUCCACCUGUCUCAGCCUCCCGAAGUGCUGGGAUUAUAGACGUGAGCCACUGUGCCCAGCCUUUUGUGUCUUUUUUUCUUAAGACUCAGGCCCACCCUGUACCUACCUCUUCCCUAUGGUUCUCAGAGCUAGCCUUUUCUUUCCUGUGGUGUCACACUGAUCCCAUCCUCAAAACAAAUGACCUUAUGGGACAUCGGCCAAUAGGCACCCCCCACUGAUAAAAUAUUUAAUUUAAUCAGCCAUUACAGGGAUCCAGGAUUCAUAGACGAGGGUACUUUAGGUAGACCCCUUCCCACUGGCGAGGUCCCAUAACCACUGAAGGUCUCUCUAAAAUUUUAAAAAGUGAAACAAAAAUUUGCAUAUUUGCAAAAUGUUUGAUUCAUAAUAAGCCCACUUGGGAAUCUGUGAUUAUCCUGAACAAUCUUAAUUCUGGACAAAUGAGCUUGUCAAAUUGUUCUUCCUCCUUUCUUUUAUUGUUUUUUUUUUGAGACAUGGUGUCCAUCUGUUGCCCAGACUGGAGUGCAAUAGCACGAUCUUGGCUCACUGCAACCUCCACUUCCUGGGUUCAAACUCCUGCCUCAGCCUCCUGAGUAGCUGGGAUUACAGGUGCCCAUCACCAUGCCUGGCUAAUUUUUGUAUUUUUAGUAGAGACGGGGUUUCACCGUGUUAGUCCGGCUGGUCUCGAAUUCCCGACCUCAGGUGAUCAGCCCACCUCCGCCUCCCAAAGUGCCGGAAUUAUAGGCGUGAGCCACUGUGCCUGGCAUGUUCCUCCUUUCUAAUGGUGGAUUACCUUCCUGUAAACACACUGGAAUUUACAAAAAGACAAUAAGGAGCGGAGAGUUUAAUAGGCAAGAAGGAAGGGAGAAGACCGAAGGAAGACGCUCCCCGUACAGAGACAGAGGGAGGGGGGGCUCCAAAGCCGAAAGAGGAGGUCCCCACCUGCCACGGAUACCAGUCAGCCCUUGCCAGCAUCCAGCCAUGGGGGAUAUGAAAACCCCAGAUUUUGAUGACCUUCUGGCUGCCUUUGACAUCCCAGACCCCACCAGCCUUGAUGCCAAGGAGGCCAUCCAGACACCCAGUGAGGAGAAUGAGAGUCCCCUCAAACCUCCAGGCAUAUGUAUGGAUGAAAGUGUGUCCUUGUCUCACUCAGGAUCAGCCCCCGAUGUGCCGGCCGUGAGUGUCAUUGUCAAGAACACCAGCCGCCAGGAGUCAUUUGAAGCAGAGAAAGACCACAUUACUCCCAGUCUCCUACACAAUGGAUUCCGGGGCUCAGAUCUGCCUCCAGAUCCCCACAACUGUGGGAAAUUUGAUUCUACUUUUAUGAAUGGAGACAGUGCCAGGAGUUUCCCUGGCAAACUGGAGCCUCCCAAGUCAGAGCCAUUACCCACCUUCAACCAGUUCAGUCCAAUCUCCAGCCCAGAACCUGAGGAUCCCAUCAAAGAUAAUGGAUUUGGGAUAAAGCCCAAACACUCUGACAGUUAUUUCCCACCCCCUCUUGGGUGCGGGGCUGUGGGAGGCCCAGUCCUGGAGGCUCUGGCUAAGUUUCCGGUUCCAGAGCUGCAUAUGUUUGAUCAUUUUUGUAAGAAAGAACCCAAGCCAGAACCCCUGCCCUUGGGGAGCCAGCAGGAACACGAGCAAGGUGGGCAGAACACAGUGGAACCUCACAAGGAUCCGGAUGCCACUCGAUUCUUUGGGGAAGCUUUGGAGUUCAACAGCCAUCCUAGCAACAGUAUUGGAGAGUCCAAGGGGCUUGCCCGGGAGCUUGGUACCUGCUCAUCAGUCCCCCCUAGGCAGCGUCUAAAGCCAGCUCAUUCCAAGCUGUCCUCUUGUGUAGCAGCCUUGGUGGCCUUGCAGGCCAAAAGAGUGGCUAGUGUCACUAAGGAGGAUCAGCCUGGCCACACAAAGGAUCUCUCAGGGCCCACUAAAGAGAGUUCUAAAGGUAGCCCCAAAAUGCCCAAGUCACCAAAGAGUCCCCGGAGCCCUCUGGAGGCCACUAGAAAAAGUAUCAAGCCAUCGGACAGCCCUCGUAGCAUCUGCAGUGACAGCAGCAGCAAAGGCUCACCAUCUGUGGCUGCCAGCUCCCCACCAGCAAUUCCCAAAGUGAGAAUCAAAACCAUUAAGACAUCAUCAGGGGAAAUCAAACGGACUGUCACAAGGAUCCUGCCAGAUCCUGAUGAUCCAAGUAAGUCCCCUGUUGGGUCACCUCUAGGGAGCGCCAUUGCAGAGGCCCCAAGCGAGGUGCCAGGGGAUGAGGUGCCUGUGGAAGAGCACUUUCCUGAGGCAGGCACAAAUUCAGGGAGCCCCCAGGGGGCCAGGAAAGGUGACGAGAGCAUGACAAAGGCCAGUGACUCUUCAUCUCCCUGCUGCAGUUCUGGGCCCCGGGUCCCAAAGGGGGCUGCCCCAGGCUCACAGACAGGCAAGAAGCAACAGAGCACAGCACUGCAGGCAUCCACCCUGGCCCCUGCCAACCUCCUGCCCAAAGCCGUGCACUUGGCCAACCUGAACCUUGUCCCCCACAGUGUUGCUGCAUCAGUGACAGCCAAGUCUUCAGUGCAAAGACGGAGUCAGCCACAGCUUACACAAAUGUCGGUGCCCCUGGUCCACCAGGUGAAAAAGGCUGCCCCACUGAUUGUAGAGGUCUUCAACAAGGUCCUCCACAGCUCCAACCCUGUGCCCCUCUAUGCGCCAAAUCUCAGCCCGCCUGCGGACAGCAGGAUCCACGUGCCGGCCAGUGGGUACUGCUGCCUGGAGUGUGGAGAUGCAUUUGCCUUAGAGAAGAGCCUGAGCCAGCACUAUGGCCGGCGGAGCGUCCACAUUGAGGUACUGUGCACAUUGUGCUCCAAGACGCUGCUCUUCUUCAACAAGUGCAGCCUGCUCCGGCACGCCCGUGACCACAAGAGCAAGGGGCUCGUCAUGCAGUGUUCCCAGCUGCUGGUGAAGCCUAUCUCUGCAGACCAAAUGUUCGUGUCGGCCCCUGUGAACUCCACGGCACCAGCAGCCCCAGCCCCUUCAUCCUCUCCCAAACAUGGCCUCACUUCGGGCAGUGCCAGUCCCCCUCCUCCAGCCUUGCCACUCUACCCAGAUCCUGUGAGGCUCAUCCGGUACUCAAUCAAGUGUCUUGAAUGUCACAAGCAGAUGCGGGACUACAUGGUCCUGGCUGCACAUUUCCAGAGGACAACAGAGGAGACGGAGGGGCUGACCUGCCAGGUAUGCCAGAUGCUGCUGCCCAACCAGUGCAGUUUCUGUGCCCACCAGCGGAUUCAUGCACACAAGUCCCCCUACUGCUGCCCUGAGUGUGGGGUCCUCUGCCGCUCUGCCUACUUCCAGACCCAUGUAAAGGAGAAUUGCCUGCACUAUGCCCGCAAGGUGGGCUACAGGUGCAUCCACUGUGGUGUCGUCCACCUGACCUUGGCCUUGCUGAAAAGCCACAUCCAGGAGCGACACUGCCAGGUUUUCCACAAAUGUGCAUUCUGCCCCAUGGCCUUCAAGACUGCCAGCAGCACUGCGGACCACAGUGCCACCCAGCACCCCACCCAGCCCCACAGACCCUCCCAGCUCAUUUAUAAGUGCUCCUGUGAAAUGGUCUUCAACAAGAAGAGGCACAUUCAGCAGCAUUUUUACCAGAAUGUCAGCAAGACGCAGGUGGGCGUCUUCAAGUGCCCUGAGUGCCCACUCUUGUUCGUGCAGAAGCCGGAGUUGAUGCAACAUGUCAAGAGCACCCACGGUGUUCCCCGAAAUGUGGACGAGCUGUCAAGCCUCCAGUCUUCAGCGGACACAUCCUCAAGCCGCCCUGGCUCUCGAGUUCCCACUGAGCCCCCAGCCACUAGUGUGGCUGCUCGGAGCAGCUCCCUGCCUUCUGGCCGCUGGGGUAGGCCUGAAGCCCACCGCAGGGUGGAAGCCAGGCCGCGGCUGAGGAACACUGGCUGGACCUGCCAGGAGUGCCAGGAGUGGGUUCCAGAUCGGGAGAGCUACGUGUCCCACAUGAAAAAGAGCCACGGUCGGACAUUGAAGCGGUACCCAUGCCGGCAGUGUGAACAGUCCUUCCACACCCCCAACAGCCUGCGUAAACACAUCCGCAACAACCACGACACAGUAAAGAAGGUCUACACCUGUGGGUACUGCACAGAGGACAGCCCCAGCUUUCCUCGGCCCUCCCUCCUGGAGAGCCAUAUCAGCCUUAUGCAUGGCAUCAGAAACCCUGAUUUGAGCCAGACGUCCAAAGUCAAACCUCCGGGUGGACAUUCCCCUCAGGUGAACCAUCUGAAAAGACCAGUCAGUGGAGUGGGGGACUCUCCAGGCACCAGCAAUGGCGCAACUGUCUCUUCCACCAAAAGGCACAAGUCCCUUUUUCAGUGUGCAAAAUGUAGUUUUGCCACAGACUCGGGGCUCGAGUUUCAGAGCCACAUACCUCAGCACCAGGUGGACAGCUCCACAGCCCAAUGUCUCCUCUGUGGUUUGUGCUACACCUCUGCCAGCUCCCUCAGCCGCCACCUCUUCAUUGUCCACAAGGUGAGAGACCAGGAGGAGGAGGAGGAGGAAGAGGAGGCGGCGGCAGCGGAGAUAGCAGUGGAGGUGGUAGAGCCAGAGGAGGGCUCUGGGGAGGAGGUGCCCCUGGAGACUAGAGAGAAUGGACUGGAAGAAUGUGCUGGUGAGCCUUUGUCGGCUGACCCAGCGGUGAGGAGAUUGCUGGGCCCGGCCCCUGAGGACGAUGGUGGCCACAAUGAUCACAGUCAACCACAGGCCUCUCAGGACCAGGACAGCCACGCACUAUCCCCUCAGGUGUGACCGGAGACUUUGCAGUGUGCAUGGUCAGGGGUGGUGCCGAAGCGUCUUCCACCUGCCGUGCGGACUGUGGAAAAUAAAAGGCUCUGCCCCCGGUGUGAGUGUGGCCAGUUGUACCCUGGAGUAGUGUCUGCCCUGAGCUGCCAGUCCUGGGUAUCCCCCAGCCCCAGGAAAUGUGGGGUCGGCCAGGACCCUUACAGCUCUGAAUUUGCUUCUGUUAUUUAUGCUUUUUGCUGCUUCUUGGUACCCCAUCUCUUGUCUGUGUCCUUCCAACCCCAGGCUGCUUAUGUGGCCCAACCGCAAUGCUGUCAACUAGGCUUGAACCCCACAGCAGCUGUGCUCUUCUGGGAGGUUCCUGCUUGCUGCCUUCAGCCCAGGGCGCUCCUCAGAGCUCUAUUUUCCUGCAGACACCAGCUCUCCUUCCUGCCUUUAGAUCCUGAGAAGGAGGGAAAUGAGGGGUGCUGACAUAGUCCCUCUGGAAGAGCUCUGCCUAGUCUGGUUUGGCGAGGGCCCUUGAUCACCUAGCCCCUCCUCCCUAUCUUCUCUGAUUCUUUUCCCUCAAAAUAAUCCUGAGAACUAAUUGUCACACUGGCUUAUCAUGUCUCUGUGGGUGGGGUGGGAGAAACCUCUGCUGCACACCUCUGUUUGGAACCUGGGCAGAGCAGGAGGUAAGGCAAAGGUAGGCAGGCACCAAGAACCAGACCCCUUGAGAAGGCGCUGUGGGUGGGUCUUUGUUCUGCUGUUCUGCCUUUCCUGACAGGUGGGGUUGGGGCACACAGACAUUGGAAUAUUUGUACUGCUCUUGUGCCAUUUGAGAGGCUGCUGCCCCAGGCAGGCCAGCCCCUACUCCUCUUGGCUACACUCAUGUUGCUCAGACUAUAUUUCAAAUAAAAAAUCUUCUCACCAUGCA